ACAGCUUCACUGAUUUAAUGGUCAAUAUUGUAAACUAUGUAUAAACAAAAUAAUAGAGUACAUGCUUCAAUUCGUGUGUGACCUUUACGGAGAAAUUUCAAGGUAGCUUCAAUCAUAGAAAUUAAAGACAACGCCAGUCUCCAAGCCCCAUAUUUAAUUAUCUACGUACUGCUUCAAUUCCCCACCUCAUUAGUCCUCAUUGCUAGCAUUAGCAAACCUCAAAAAUGGAUCGACGGCUGCAAGAAACAAUCCUGAGAGGCGACACACAAGCCUUCCAUACUUUAAUUCAAGAAGAUGAAAACAUUAUCAAUCAAACACUUCCUGGAUCUUCAAACACAAUCCUCCAUUUGAUCGCUCGAUACGGGCAUGUGGAAUUGGCAGCAGAGAUUGUGAAACUUCGACCAGAACUGGUGGCCGCAGAGAACGACAGUAUGGAGACUCCACUGCAUGAGGCAUGUAGAGAAGGGAGGUCAGAGAUUAUGAGGGUUUUGGUGGAGACUGACCCAUGGCUUGUGUAUAAAUUCAACACACGAGGCCAAAGCGUGCUGUUUGUGGCUUGUGAGAGAGGGAGACUUGAUGUGGUCAAGCAUUUGUUGAAUUAUCCGGUUUUGUUGACGUCGGAGGUGGAUGCACUCACUACUUCGCUUCAUGUUGCUGCUUCUGGAGGGCAUACAGACAUUAUGAAGUUAAUACUACAAGCACGCCCAGACUUUGCAAGGAAAAAGGACAUAAAUGGGUGCACACCUUUACACUUGUGUUGCAGCAAGGGUCACCUGGACAUAACAAGGGAGCUGCUAAGGUUAGACCCUAAUCUCUCUUGCUUACAAGACAAUGAAGGUCGAACACCGCUCCAUUGGGCUGCAAUCAAAGGCCGGGUAGCCAUCAUUGAUGAGAUACUAUCUGUGAGUCUUGAAUCUACUGAGAUUAUAACCAAACAUGGAGAAACAGUCCUUCACCUUGCUGUCAAGAACAACCAAUACGAUGCAGUCAAGUACUUAACCGAGACGCUUAACAUCAUCAAGCUCAUUAACUUGCCUGACAAUGAUGGCAAUACACUAUUGCACAUGGCAACAGCUGGAAAACUUUCAACCAUGGUCAUAUACCUGCUCAAGAUGGGGAUCGAUGUAAAUGCCAUAAACCGGAAGGGCUAUACGGCUCUGGACGUUGUGGAGUCGGAUGCAAGCAACUCUGGUGCUCUUUUGAUUAUUCCUGCAUUACAAGAAGCUGGAGCUAAGAGAUGUGACCAAUUGGGGCCAUUUUCACGGGAGAUUCAACAAGUAUAUGAGAACAUUAAUAGCCCAACCAUUGAGCAUUACUCCCCAAAACUGCCUGAUUCUCGUCAUCGCCACCACCACCACCACCGUCGCCGAAGGGCAAAGCAACUAGAGAUCCAAAAGGAGGGACUUCGCAAUGCACGGAACACAAUAACUGUAGUGGCAGUUCUGAUUGCCACUGUUACAUUUGCCGCUGGCAUAAACCCUCCAGGAGGCUUCAAUCAGCAGAGUGGGAAGACUAUAUUGGGUAAACAAACUUCUUUUAAGGUCUUUUUUGUAUGUAACAUUGUGGCAUUGUUUCUAUCACUUGGGAUUGUGAUUUUCUUGGUUAGUAUUAUACCCUAUAAGAGGAAGUCCAUGAUGAAAUUACUGGUGGUGACACAUAAAGCAAUGUGGGUGGCGUUGUCCUUUAUGGCUGCUGCCUAUAUUGCGGCGGUAUGGACAGUGUUGCCGCGAGGGCGGCCUGGGAUGGUGUGGGUGUUGGUGGCAGUGGUGGGUAUAGGAGGAGGGUGCACAUUGGCCAUAUUUGUGGGUCUAGGGAUGUUAUUGGCUAAGCAUUGGAUUAGGAAGUGGGAGUGGAAGAGAAGCAAGGAAAAGAAGAGAGAAAGCCCCAAUAGUAGCAUCAGUCACGUAGAGGAGUUGCGAACGAUGAAAAAUGGUAACAAUGAUUAUAGUAGUAAUUCGGAUGUUGAUAGCUCUGAUCAAGGCUACCACUUGUACUAGAUGUGUCUAUUUAUUUUUAUUUGUAAAAUUAAUGUAGUUUUAGCCAAAUUUGUAUCAUCAGAACCCCUGGACCAUAGUCAUGCAUUAUUGUGCAUUAUUCAG